GGCCACGGCCGCCCGCGGGCACGGAGCGCGCUGCGCCGAGGCAGUCGUCAGUCGCCGGUCGUCGGGUGGGGUGCGCGCCGAUCGUCUGUGUCACGUGGUGCGUGUGGUGGCCGUCGGUUGUUGUCACGUGGUUAGCUCCCUUUGGGUGGACCUCGGGAGCAAACAGUGCGUUUUCGUCGUGUGCCAGCGUGGCACACCUGUGUUUAACCAUCUGACGGUGUCGUGUCUUGCCGCCGGAGGCAGUGAAGUGUUCGAAAUCAACUGCAUCGACGUUUUUCUGUGAACCUGCAAUUGCGAGUACCAGCGUUGAUUCAGCUCACCGUGUUUAAUCUCGGGACCGAAGAGCAUCGGAACCCUCCGAUUUGCUGCCGGACGUUCUCGGUACCGUGGAUCUCGCGUGACCUCGGGGUCAGGUCACGGCCGGUGGCGAUGGGCCGGUUCCCGGCUCCCGGCCGCCUCUGGAGGGCCGGAGCCCUGCUCCUGCUGAUCCUGGCAGUAGUACACACCUCCUCAGGUGGUGAAGUGCGGAGGCGGCGGCGACGACAAGAUGAGAUCCCCGUCUUUCAGCAGAGGGUCUAUACUACGAGAAACGUCACUGCCAACACGCGCAACAAUACUCGACUCAUUACGGUGGUGGCGACCGGUCCUGCCAACAUUCGGUACAGCGUGGACAACCCGCGGCUGUUUCGGAUUGAUGACGACGGCAAUGUGUACACCAACACCAACGGGCGUCAGCUGAUGCAGGGCGGCCUGCUCAACUUCACCGUACUCGCCGUCAACCCAGAGCACAGCCAUCGUGCGGCCUCUGCGACCGUUCUGGUCAGCGCCAACCAGCCGCCCAAGUUCUCCGACCCGGCGUACGCGGCCAAUGUCUACGAAAACGCCAAUGGAGGCUCGCUGGUGCGCGCUGUGGCGGCGCAGGAUCGCGAUACUGACGUCAUCAGCUACUUCAUCCGACCGGAGCCGGGCGCGCCGGACGUCGAGGAGUUCGAAAUGUUCACCAUCAACCGCCAGACGGGCGUCAUCCGUCUGGUGACGCGGCCGUUUCAGUUCACCGAGGAGGACUACUCGUUCCUGGUCAUCGCACGGGACACGCACAACCAGAACGACACCGCCGCUGUGCACGUGCACAUCAUAGACGUCAACAACAAUCGUCCGAUGUUCCCUGACUGCGAGAACUACCGUCCCGAGGUGGAGGAGAAUAAGCCCAGCGGUACGCCGGUGCUCACGGUGGAGGCGAUUGACGCGGACAAAGGCGAGAACGCUGAGGUCGAGUACUCGCUGGUCACCAGUCCCAGCUCGCCCGAGUCCUUCUUCGAUAUCGAUCGCACCACUGGACAGCUCACCACUCUGAAGGUGUUCAAUCGUGACGAGCCGGACCACGAGAAGGAGCUGAGAGUGAUCGUCAAGGCCAACGACAGGGGCUCGCCGUCGCUGGAGGGCACGUGCGCCUUCGUCGUCAACGUGCGAGACGUCAACGACAACCAUCCCAUGUUCGACAAGUCGAGCUACCAGGAGUCGAUCCCUCGCGACACGGAGCUCAACUCUGCCGUGCUGCGAAUCUCCGCGACCGAUGCCGACAGCGACGAGAACGGGACCGUCGAGUACGACCUGACCUCACUGAGAGACGCCGAUGCCGGGUACUUCAGUGUCGACCCUCGCACCGGUGUCAUCACGCUAGUCAGGAGACUGGAAGGGAUUUCGAUCGACUACGACUUCCGUCUGACGGCGACGGCACGGGACCGCGGCGCGGACCCCCUCUCUGCCGAGGUGUCCGUCAUUAUCACCGUCAAGGACUCCAACACGCGGCCACCCACGUUCAUCCUGAGGCCGAAUCAGACGUACCACCUGCCGGAGAACUUCAGAGACACCGAGGCACCCAUCGCUCGCGUCAAGGCAGUUUCCAACUCUCCCGACAGUCCAGCCAUCUACUAUGACAUUGUGGCCGGCUCCCAAGAGCAGACCAACAGAGACCGUACGUUUGUCGUGGAGGAGGACGGCGACGGUGGCGCCAUCGUCAAAUACGGCGGAAGUCGGCAACUCGACUACGAGAAGCUGGAGAGCUACAACAUUACUGUCAGAGCCACGACGGACCAGCAGACGGGCGCCGAGGUCACGUUCCGUAUCGACCUGGAGGAUUCCAACGACGAGGUACCCAUCUUCUACAACACGGACCCGGUGACGGUGCCGGAGAACUCUGAGCCGGGCACCUACGUCACCAAAACAUCGGCUAUCGACAAGGACGGCACGGCGCCCAACAAUCAGGUGACCUACCGCUUCGAGCCAAACUCGGAAGAAGAGAAGCUCUUCAGCAUCGACCCGAACACGGGCGAGAUCAAGACCCGGGAGCGUUUCGAUCGGGAAGACCUGUCUCGGCCAUCGCCCUUCUACACUGUCACUGUGGUGGCGGAGGACGGGGCGCCGUCAGGAAUCCGCAACACUUCUCGACCCAAUACAGUGAAACAGCGCAUCAAGGUGGAGAUUGGUGAUGUGAACGACAACCCACCCGUGUUCGACCCCAACCGGAGAUACAAGGCCACCAUAUCGGAACAGGCUAACAAGGGCGCCAACGUCAUGGAGGUGCUCGCCAGCGACCAGGACUCGGACUCGAAGAUCCAGUACCAGAUCACGGACGGCAACUACGGCGGCGUGUUCGACAUUGACUCCGACACGGGCAUCGUCAGAGUCAAGAACGCACUCGACUUUGAGCGAGUCAACACAUACAAAAUCACGGUGACGGCGUCGGACGGAAAGUACGAGGCCACCCACGCUGUGGACAUCAACGUCACCAACAUCAAUGACGUGCCUCCCGUGUUCGACAAGCCCAGCUACCAGCUGAAGAUGAGCGAGGGGCCGCGAGACUCCUCCGAGCCCAUCGUCAAGGUCACGGCCACCGACCCGGACCCGGUCUCUGGCGUCUCGUCGAUCGUGUACAAGCUCUCCGGACCAGGAGUGUUCCCCGAACAUCCUGAGGAUGACGUGUUCAGUAUCAACGAAAACGGAGAGGUUUUGGUACAAAAGAUUCUGGACCGUGACGAGGGCACCGGCGGACGCGAGGUCUGGGAGCUCUCCGUUCAGGCGUGGGACGAGGGCGGCAUCGGACAGGGAAACUCCGUGCCCUUUACACUGACGCUCACCGAUAUCAACGACAACGCACCUUACUUGGUCCAGAGUGAGGAUACGCGCCAGGUGAUUAUGGAGAACAAAUCUCCCGAGGGUGUGGUCAUCCCCGUCGAGGCGGAUGACUUUGACGACCACCAGUGGAACGGCCCGCCCUACACCUUCGCCCUGGAUCCGGACGCGCCUGCCGAGCUGCACGACAUGUUCUCCGUCACCACCGUCGAGCAGGAUAACCGCGCCGAGAUCCGUCCUCUGGUGUCGUUCGACCGCGAGAUGCAGAAGGAGUACAACAUCCCGGUGGUGGUCAGUGACAGAGACACGGCGUCGCCCACCUCCCUGACGGGCACCAGUCUCUUCACCAUCAUCAUCGGCGACGAGAACGACAACGACAUGAAGGACGGCGUCAGCGCCAUCAGCGUCUUCAACUUCGAGGGUAAGAUGCCCGACACGGUGGUGGGCCGGGUGUACGUGGACGACCCGGACGACUGGGAUCUGCCCGACAAGACCUUCUCGUGGCUCGAGGGGGAGGAGUACCGCCACUUUGAGCUCGACAGAGACACGGGAAACAUUACCAUGAAGUACGGCACUCCCAACGGCAGCUAUCCCCUCAAGUUCCAGGUGUUUGAUAAAAAGUUCCAGAGCACCGUUUCUGCGUUGGUGACAGUCGAGGUGCGACUGCUGCCCCGUGAGGCCGUCACCCAGUCGGGUUCACUGAGGAUCAAGGAUGUCUCCGCUGCUGAGUUCGUCUCGCGCCCCGAUAAGGAUACACCCUCGAUGCACGAGCGUCUCAUCACGGAGCUGGCCCGGCUAUUCAGCACGGCGCCAGAGAACGUCGACCUGUUUGGCGUUGUGGAUAACGAUGACGGAGGCGUGGAUGUACGCUACGCCGCCCACGGCUCACCCUACUACGAGGCAGAGAAGAUGGACGGCAUUGUCGCGCAGAAUAGAGACAUGCUGGAGACCAUGUUCGGCAUCAAGAUCGAACAGGUGGGCAUCAACGACUGCAUAUACGAGCACACCUGCGAGGGAAGCUGCCACGCCGAGCUGAAGAUCUUCGACAACGAGGUGUACCGGGUGCAGACCAACACAUCCAGCAUCAUCGGUGUGAAGACGGAGCUGCAGUACAAAUGUAACGAGUGUGAGGCCAAGAUGGCGCCCGAGAUCUGUCUGCACGAUGGCCGAUGGAGUGAGGACCAGAAGAAGUGUGAGUGCGAGGCCGGUUUCCCGGGACCCAACUGUCAGGGCGACACCAUCCACUUCGAGGGCACUGGGUACGCGUGGUUCCCGCAGCUGACGGCCUGCAACGCCUCCCACCUGAGCUUUGACCUGACGACCGUCUCGGAGGAGGCGCUGGUCAUGUACAACGGACCCAUCUCGGAGCCGUCGCACCUCGUGCAGGACUUUUUCGCCGUGGAUGUGAUGGAGGGGCGCCUGCGCGUGUUCAUGAACUACGGCACGGGUACGGCGGUGGCCAGUCCGGCGCUGAAGAUCAGCGAUAACCACAAACACCACAUAGACAUCACCUGGGACCCGGAGACGAUGGUGGUUCUCAUAGACAGCUGCGUCGGCUCGUCGGAGUGCCAAGCCUCGGCGGCCGCACCGGCCGGCCCCGACGGACAGAAGAACUCCUUCCUGAAUGUGGACACGCCACUGCAGCUGGGAGGCUCGGCCGUACCGCUGGACCAGGUGGCCGCGGUGAUGACCUCCUGGGACCGGGUGCCCGGCUGGGGAGGCUUCACAGGAUGUGUGCAGAACAUGACCUUCUUGGACAGGGUGUUUGACCUGGCGCAGCCGGCGGACGGAGUAGGCUACAGCUCCCACUGCUCCGAGCUGGCCAAAGCCACUCCGGUCAUCGAGACGUCCAGCAGCUUCCUGGCCGUGCUGCUCGCCUGUCUGGCCAUCCUGCUGAUUUUGGUAAUUGUGGUCAUUAUGUACCGCCGUCGCCACGUCCGCACGCUCUACAAGGAGCCCGUGGAUGAGAUGCGGGACACCAUCAUCAACUAUGACGACGAGGGCGGUGGUGAGAAGGACCAGACGGGUUACGACCUCAGCGUGCUGCAGGUCCAGGCCAACGGCGUGGCGCCCAAGGACGCGAUGCGCCCGGUCGGUCUGAGUCCGUCCGGCCAGCCGCCGUCCGUACGAAGCUUCAUAGACGAUAACAAGAACCAGGUGGAUAGAGACGAGCAGGCCUGGCCCUCGGACGACUGCAGAAAUUACGCCUACGAAGGCGGCGGCAGCUCGGCUGGAUCACUUUCAUCACUCAACUCAGGCACCGACGACAACGACCUCAACUUCGACAUUCUGAACGAGUUCGGGCCGCGGUUCAGAAAGCUGGCUGAUAUGUACGGCGGUGGAGACGACGACGACGACGAGCCGCCUCCGCCGCCCGUCGGCGGCCGACCGUCGUCGAUGGCUGGCGAGUCGUGGUGCUAGUGACACGCCCUGGUGACCUCUGGUGAUGGACGCUGGUGACGGAGACUGGUGUGGUGCCGUUAGCCAGUCAAAGCGGUAGCACCAGCGGUGAACAGUGUCGAGCGUCCCGUCCGGUUUAGCCCGGGCGGUUCAUGCCCGGAGCUGUGGCUGCCGCACUAGCGCCGCCUAGACUACCAGGGAUGAGGUGACAGCGCCACCGCACGGCCAGAACUGAAGUCACGCUGCGGCCGCCCGAACUCUGAGUCCGGCCGCAUUCAAACACCGUAGCAGCGAACGCGAAAUCGCUUAGCCCAGAUAAUCCAUUUCGGAGAUCUAGCCUAGAGAGACGUUUCGACGAGAGACACCGACGCGGUGAAGUUGUGAUACAGGACGCGGCUGUCGGCGGCUCGAGAAGCUCCGGCAGACCGUGUCGAAACGCGGAGAAUGAACUCGCCCAAAGUCGCGCCGGCUUGUGGGAAUUCGAUGGACUCUCACGAAAUGGCUGGCGACUUAGGUGGUCCAAUGUCACAGAGCGUCCCCCUUACAUAUUACGGCGACUGGAUGACUCGAUACGGCUUCAAACUGCUGGAUUGGUCCCGUUUGAUCAGCAUGGGCAUCAUCAGGUCAACCAACCGCCCCUGUGCAGGACGCCAACCAAUCAAUCAAAGCUGUGAGUCGAGCCGACCCUCGGAACGGCGCGUGUGGACGACCAGCGUGAAGAGUGGCGCCAAAGACGGGGUGGAAGGCUGUGUGGAGCGAUGUGGCGCGGUGGAGAGUGGACGUGGACGUGGAGUGGGUGGAGUGGUUCGUGGCGACGUGUGGCACGCUUUUUGUCCCAAAAUUGUGUAUGCUUUGUGAUCCUUGUGUAGAUGAGUGUUACAGCGAUGGUGCGUGGAAAUUUGUCGGCUGCUUUUUGUUUGCGUGGAUGUGAUGUGUUUUAUGUUGCUGUGUUGUGUACGAGCUUUGCGGCUCGUGCGCCCGUGUUGCCGCUGUCAGUCACAGAGGCGUUUUACCUGUCGGACCGAUGUGAUCUCUGGACGAGCCGCCAGCUGCCUCAGCUGUUGGUGGAGCAGUGGUGUCGGCACAGUAGCGGCGCAAUCGCAUGUGUAUUUAUACCCAGACACAUUCCCUUUUUGUACCGGAACGAGGCGUGUAGGACUGACCGGCCGGCACGUGGUGUCAGCGUCCAGCUGUAGGUGGCGCUAGCGGCGUGUCGGUGGAGCUAUAGAGGACGCUGGUGUCGCCGGCGAUCUCGGGCCGUGCGCUGCGAGUGGUCCCGACUUUGUCCAUAGUGUUGGCACCCAUAGCGCACCCGCUCCCAAUUGCAGCGUCACAGCUGAGCGUUGCCCCAUGUUCUGGCCGCACGGAGUGUGGAGGUGCGGAGUCGGCCGGCCAGGCGGGCUCCCCCUCUGUUUUAUAUGUUUUGAUAAGGUACCGACAGUGCCAUAACGCCGCUUCUUUUUAAAUAAAAGUGCCUCGCAAC